GGAUUGAAUACACUCUGCCUCAUGGUCAGAAUGAAGAGUCCAACAUGUCUGACUCUGAUUCAGAAGCUGAAGAUAAUGACCAUGAUGAAAAAGUUGAUGCACAGGAGUGGGAGGAUGAAGAAGACUGGCUACAGAGCAUGGGUCUAAACGAAGAACAGUUUGCCACUUUAGAAUCACACAAGAACAAUAUCCAAAUGGCAAAAACCAGAAACACUGAUCAACAUCCAAACUCUACUGUUGUUGUUCAAGGCAGUGACACACAAGCUUUGUAUAAUUUUAUCUURAACUGGAGAAGUAUWACCCCUAAGAAUGGUCAGCUUGCUGGUGUCCCUCYAACACUUAUCUCACCUGUUGCCUUUGAAGGUGCUACCCUAAGAUCUCAUAAAGUUCAUCAAGGAAUUGUGAGGCACCAGAGAACAAAAGAAAUGAAACAGCUAUUCAGCCUUGAAGUAACUGGUCCUAUAUUACCAGGAUGUUUACACAACAUCUGUAAGUUAUUAAAUACUACACAAAAAGGAGAGUUUACUGCUACCAUGGUGCAGUACCAACCUACUGUUGCCUUCAACAUACCAUCGGUUAGUAAUGAGGAGUGUCUUCCUGUUGUGGCUCACAGCAAAUAUGGACUGUCACAAUCACAAGCUGAGCACUUAUCACACUCUCAAAAGGAAUUACAAAAGAACUGUCUAAAAGAGCUGUUGUGCAAAGAUGGUUUAUAUACCUGGAAAAUAAUUUAACUAAAUUUGAUCAAAAUUAAUACUUUCUUAAUCUGGUGAAUAUUUUAAAAAGUACUUUCCAUUAUAUUCUUAGCCUGCAUUGAUUGAAGGUAAUUAAGCAAUACAGACUUAAAUAUUCCUC